CUUCAUUCGGACGCGAAUCACGCCCGUUAAAGUCAGUCGCGCGAGCGUCACGUGCGGUGGGUAAUAACGGGAAUCGUCUGUACGGUCAGUGUGUGUGUGUGUGCGCGCGCGCGCUCGUGUGUCGGUAGGGAUGGACGCGUCGGCGCGGCGGUGAGCGGCAGCAGCUCCGUUAUGCGGCGUUGUGAGACUUUACUGUUACUGUUGAUCAUCCUGACGGCGGCUGUGAGUGCAGCGCUGCAGAUUCAAUGCUAUCAGUGUGAAGAUGUUCGGCAGGAUGACUGCUCAUCUCCAGAGUUUAUCGUCAAUUGCACAGUCAACGUACAGGACAUGUGCCAGAAAGAAGUGCUGGUCAUGGAGGACGGAAUUCAUUACAGGAAGUCAUGUGCGUCGUCGGGGGCGUGUCUAAUUGCAUCAUCUGGAUAUCAGCAGUUCUGCACCGGGAAGCUGAACUCCGUCUGUAUCACCUGCUGCAACACACCACUCUGCAACGGCCCACGACACAAACGACGAGCGUUGUCCUGCGCCUUUUCUCUGCCCUCCAGCAUUCCCACAAUUCCCGUGCUCGCCUUCAUCCAGCUCUGUCUCUCUUCCUCCUUACACUGACAGAUGUUCACCUCUCUCUCUCUCUCUCUCUCUCUCUCUCUCAGUGUCUGUUCUUCUGUCUUUUUUCUGUCUGUCUGUCUUUCUGUCUCUCUGUUUGUCGCUAUUGUCACACCCAGGGUCCAAAAUAAACACUCACCAUGCAAUGUUUUUGAGUAAAAGUUAGUCUAUUCAUAUCUUGGAAGUUGGCUGGUAUAUUUUUAGGAACUAUAAUUAGAUUUACAGACAUGCUUGAGUAAGUUUUAUUUAUGAAGCACUUUUCCCAGUUAAACCACCUUUUAAAAAGAAGCAAAGGACCUUGUAUCACACUGAAAGGUUUUUUUCUCACAAGAACAACCUGCUGCCUAUACAUUAUUCUGCUUAUUACACGGCUGUUUAACUUAUCCGUAAGGUUAGGACCAUUAAAUAUUGUUUUUCAACAAAUCCAGACCAUUCUGAAGUAAAUGAGGAAAACACAUUUACUUUAGGUUUUAAGAUAAGACGUUCAAAUGUCACAAACACACUAUUUGGUUGAAUCUUUUGUAAAUCUAAUGUCAUACAGUAUAUGUUAUUAACUAUUUCCCCACCACCAAGAAGCCAUUUAGAAAAAACGCUUUUCUGACAAUGACAAAUUUUUACACCAAUUCAUUUUCCACUAUUAUCCAC